GGGAGGCUCCGCCCCGCUCUUUGCAGGACGUCACUGGGUUCUGCAGGGGCCCUAGCCACCGGAGCCGCGGAAGCCGCCGGACCCUCCAGAACCGCUCAAGCCACCGCCGCCGCAUUGGUGCAAGGCAGCCAGGCUGCUGCAGACUGCGGGCUAAAGCAAGAUGGCAUCAGCCACAGAUUCCCGCUAUGGGCAAAAGGAAUCCUCCGACCAGAACUUUGAUUACAUGUUCAAGAUUCUCAUCAUUGGGAACAGCAGCGUGGGGAAGACAUCCUUCCUAUUCCGGUAUGCUGACGACUCAUUCACCCCAGCCUUUGUCAGCACUGUGGGCAUAGACUUCAAGGUGAAGACCAUCUAUCGCAAUGAGAAGAGGAUCAAGCUACAGAUCUGGGACACAGCUGGGCAGGAGCGAUACCGGACCAUCACCACAGCCUACUACCGAGGGGCCAUGGGCUUCAUCCUCAUGUAUGACAUCACCAAUGAGGAAUCCUUCAAUGCUGUCCAGGACUGGUCAACCCAGAUCAAGACAUACUCGUGGGACAAUGCACAGGUGCUACUUGUGGGAAACAAGUGUGACAUGGAGGACGAGAGGGUAGUCUCCUCUGAGAGGGGCCGGCAGCUAGCAGAGCACCUGGGAUUUGAGUUCUUUGAGGCCAGCGCCAAGGACAAUAUCAACGUGAAACAGACCUUCGAGCGACUGGUGGACAUCAUCUGCGAGAAGAUGUCAGAGUCUCUGGACACAGCUGACCCCGCCGUGACUGGAGCCAAGCAGGGCCCCCAGCUCACAGACCAACAGGCACCCCCACACCAGGACUGUGCCUGUUAAGGCCCUGGGCCCAGGCUCUGUCCUCUCUUUGGCGGUCACUAGCAUUUCCCCUCCUGCUCUCCCACCCCAGAUGGGUCACCCUCCUUGUGUGCCCCUCGCUCCCUCACUCCAGGGCCAUGGAGCCCAAAGCCCACAGUGAGAGUGGGACCCAGAGGGGAUGGAUGGGCCUAGUAUGUCUUUGCAGCCUCCUCCCUCCCUUAGUCUCUCUGGCGCUCUUAGGAGCUUCUAUUCCUGUAACUUAUUUAAUUUAUUAAGCUAUUUAUUUAUUUAUUUGGAGACUUGUUAAAGGGACCAUGCCCUACUUGCUGAAGCUCGUCUCUGCAUCCCGUCCUAUUCUUCCCCUCUUCACACUUCCAUCUCCCUUCCUCCAAUAGGCUGAUCUUAGCCUGAAACAGAGUGAGGAGAACCGGGCCCCACCCAGGCCCCACUUGUGGGAUGUUCCCUCUUCCUUCCCAGCUGCUGGGUCUCUCCUUACUUCCUUGCCUCAGUUCCUUGUAGAAAUCCAUCUUCCUCUUCCUCUUGCUGUCUUCCUCCUUGUACAUAUGCGAGACUGAACCCUGUACAUAGGAUUAGUGAGUGGUCCUGGUGUGUUCCAUGCUGUGCUGACUUGUGCCCAUGGAUUUCUCGUAGCCACUUGGUGUCAGUGUAACAUCACUUCCAAAACCCAGCAUUUCAGGGCAGAACAUGUAAGGGACAGAGGGGCCAAGCAUCAACAGCCUCAUAGCAAAGUGUUCUGCCUCCUGUCUCGGGGGGUAGACAGAAGCAGGCUCGGUGAACCUGAGGCUGGGAGCCCCAACUUUUCACAUGACCUCUCUAGGCCUGCUCAGGUUUGCACAAGAUGACGGGCUUGGGUCUCAUGCUCAGGAAGGCCUGGUCUGGCUCUGCAGCUGGUGCAUUUGGCUUAAAUUACUAAGAAUACCUGGACAGGGGAGGAGAGUUGCCCCACCCAGCCCCAACUCCCCUUCCAAGUUCUGGGACAUUUUUUGGGGGGUGGGGGUGGGGAGGACACACCAAGGAGCAUGUUUCCUUCAGACUGUCUGCUCCCAUGUGUUUGUAUAAUUGUUUCACGUGGAGAAUGUGAGUUAGUGACUGUAUCAGCAACCAAACCCGAGUAUCACUUCUUUUUCAUUUUGGGGGGUGGGUGGGGUUGUGGGAGUGAGGGGUGUGUGCCCAUGCAGAUCCCUGAACGUUAACCUAGCAAAAGCUCCUCUUGGUGUGGUUUUCCUGAUGACCUUCUGGGGACAGCUACACUGUACUGUACAGAUGUGACAAGUGUCAAACACAGGCUGUUUCCUAAAUCACUGUAUCACAGAAGUGUCGUGAGAACAAUAAAAUCCUGCUGAGCCCAGGUCAACUGGA